AUGAAGGUAAAAUUACUGUCACGAAAUCCUGAUGAUUAUCUACGAGAGACAAAAAAUGAUAUUCAGAAAGUGCCUCGGAACUUUGACUCCAGACUACAUCCAUUUGAAGCGUCAAGAGAAUAUGUUAGAGCACUUAAUGCCACUAAACUCGAGCGUGUUUUUGCGAAGCCUUUUAUUGGGGACCUUAAUGGGCACAAAGAUGUUAUCAGCUGCAUGAGGAAACAUCCGACAUCCAUAAGUACAUUGCUUUCUGGAAGUUAUGAUGGUGAGGUUCGCAUAUGGAACCUCAUCAACAGACGUUGUAUCACAAAUGUUCAGGCUCAUACAGGUGUUGUAAACAGUUUGUGUGUUCAUCCCAGUGGACAACACUUCUUCACGUGCGGAAUAGACAAAUCAAUAAAACAGUGGAAAUUGGGUCCUGAUGGACAAGUUGAUGAUGAAGCAGUGAAUGUCAUUCUUGGAAAGACAUUGUUCCACUCAAUGGAUCAUCAUUGGAAAGACAAUAUCCUGGCCACCUGUGGUGAACAGGUAGACAUUUGGGAUGAGAUGAGGGCCGAGCCAAUCCGGACGUUUACCUGGGGGGUUGACAGUAUUCAGUCUGUCAAGUUUAAUCCUGUAGAACACCAUUUAUUAGGGGCAACUGCUUGUGACCGCAGCAUAAUGCUUUAUGACAUGAGAGGUACAGCCCCACUGCGAAAAGUUUUACUAAAACUCAAAUCAAAUGCCAUGGCUUGGAAUCCAAUGGAACCUUUCAUAUUCACAGCAGCCAAUGAAGAUUAUAACUUGUACACAUUUGAUAUGCGUAACUUAAGACAGCCAAUAAAUAUUCACAUGGAUCAUGUGGAUGCAGUUAUUGAUGUUGAUUAUUCACCAACUGGUCGGGAAUUUGCAUCUGCUGGCUGGGACAAGUGUGUACGUAUCUUCCCCCAAAACAGUGGACGAAGCCGGUAA